AUGAAGCAGACUUUGAUUCUGUCUACCUUGGCCUUUCUGGCGUCCUGUGUCGCAGCCUCGCCUACUCCCACCGUCCAAGAUGAUGCCGUCGUAGACCCACGCAGCAUCGAGAAGAGGGCUGCUAUCACCGACGCCGCUGACGUCGGCUACGCCACUCAGAACGGAGGAACCACUGGAGGCCGUGGAGGCACCACCACCACUGUGUCUACUUUGGCCCAGUUCACAGCUGCCGCUGGUUCCAGCAGCGCGGCCAUCAUUGUCGUCAGCGGAGCCAUCUCGGGAUCCGCCAAGGUCAAGGUCACCUCUAACAAGUCCAUUAUCGGCAAGUCCGGCGCCUCACUCACUGGCGUUGGUCUGACCAUCAACGGACAAUCUAACGUCAUUGUGCGAAACUUGAAGAUCAGCAAGGUCCUCGCUGACAACGGUGAUGCAAUCACCAUUCAAGCAUCCAAGAACGUAUGGGUCGACCACGUUGAUUUGUCCAGCGACCUGGACCACGACAAGGACUACUACGACGGCUUGGUCGAUGUGACCCACGCCAGCGAGUGGGUGACCAUCUCAAACAGCUACAUUCAUGACCACUACAAGGCGUCCCUUGUCGGCCACUCCGACUCCAACGGUGCCGAAGACACCGGCCACCUGCACGUCACCUACGCCAACAACUACUGGAGCAACAUCAACUCGCGUGCCCCAUCUUUCCGAUUCGGCACGGGCCACAUCUUCAACAGCUACUUCUCCUCUGUCAACACCGGCAUCAACACCCGCGAGAACGCGCAGCUGCUGGUUGAGUCUUCUGUCUUCGAGAACAGCGGCACCAAGGCCAUCUACUCGGCCGACAGCGACGUGGUCGGCUACGCCGUGGUCAACGACGUCAACCUCGGCGGGUCCGCCAACACGGCCGCCAAGGAACCCUCACGAGCGUCCCGUACUCGUACUCCAAGCUCGGCUCCGGCAGCGUCAAGAGCAGCGUCACCGCCAGCGCUGGACAGAAGCUGA